AUAUAUAAAUCGGGUGAAAUUCGCAAGGUUUAGUCGGGUUCUCGCUCUCGGAAACAACCAAUUUAGUCGAGAUGGACAGUGGCUCGAGAAAUUUCCUCGUCCUUUUGCUACUCUUCACUUCGUCGCUCGUCGUGGACGCGAACCCAAUCGGUGUCUGCAUUCGCAAUUGCGCCCAAUGCAAGAAAAUGUUCGGCCCUUAUUUUGAGGGCCAGCUGUGCGCCGACGCUUGUGUCAAAUUUAAGGGCAAAAUCAUCCCCGAUUGUGAAGACAUCACCUCGAUUGCGCCCUUUCUCAACAAAUUCGAGUAGAAAAAUAUUUAUUGCACUAUCUGUGAUUAUUUAUUAAUUUUAUGUGUACCUAAGUAAUUUAAAUAAAUUGUAUAAAGAUCAA